GCGGCGCCGGUUCCGGUUCCGGUGCCGGCAGCGGGGGCGAUGAGCGGGCGGGCGGGGCGGCGGCGGCGGCUGGUGCUGCACGUGGACCUCAACAACACCGUGCUGGCGGCGGACGCCGUGUCCGGGCAGGGCCCGCGGGCGGCGCUCAACAGCUUCCUGUGCACCGCCACGUGGGGCCGCGCCGGGGCUGACGGCGAGUGGCAGUGGGUGAGCGACCGCCCCUCGCUGCGAGCCCCCUGCCCCGACGCCGUCAGCUACUACUGCUGCUACGGCCGCGACCCGGCCUUCACCGAGGCGGGCCCGGGGCAGCGCUUCGGCGGCCUCCACGCGCGGUACCUGCGGCUGCUGGCCUGGCCGGGGGAGCCCCACGAGGAGCUGUCGCUGCGGGACGAGCAGGGCGAGUGCUACCACCUCCUGCUGCCCUCCUUCUUCCGCCUGCUGGACGCGCUGCACCGCGACGGCCGGGCCUUCGCCGUCGUCUUCAGGACCUUCGGCACCGACCUGCCCCGCGCGCUGCGGGCGCUGCGCUCCGCCCUGGAUGGGCAGCACCCACAGUUCCCUGCCCUGCGGGACCUGGCGCUCUCCGUGGACCUCACUCCCGGCCAGAUACGCUGCAGCAAGCGAGAGGUGGUGCUGAGGAGGGGAGCGGAGCGGCUCGCCACCCGCGAGGAUGGGAGGGAGCUCUACGACUACUUCAGCUCUUUGGAGGGAGUCGGAGGCUUCCAGGACCACUUUGACUGGUGGGCCAGGAAUCAGUUCUCCUCGCAGGGCGGGAAGCCCCUGUGGAUCGACCCCCACGAUCCCAGCGUUCACCACAUCUUCAUCGACGACAACAUCCGCCUGGACGACACGGACACCAUUGUCCGUCCCCAGGUGUUCUCGGAGCGAGGCAGCAGCAGCCCCAGGUGCGCGCCCACCUCGGAGCUGUACGACGUCUGCCUGGUGCAGACCGACCUCCUGGAGGCCAUCGCUGACGAGGACUAUUUCCUCCGCUGCGUGAGGAGGUGUGAGGAGAACUAUGACCGCUACCUGGCCCGCAUGGAGAGCAGCUCCCCGAGCCAGCAGUGCGAUGGACAGUGAUGCCUCCGCGCUGGCGGGGCCAGGGCCGAGGGGCUCGGGACGGGGAUGUGCCCCUGCUUCCUUCCUGCUGCACACAAAGUCCCGGGCUGGGCUUUGCUUUGAGCCGUCCCCUCUCCUCUCCGACGUGUGACGUGUCCACUCCAUCCUACCGGGAACCCCCCGGGCCCAAACGCAAGUGUCCCGGGAGGUUGUGUGAAGGCAACCCUGGAGGAAACUGCUUUCCUUUCCUCACAGCGGUGUGGGAGCUCUCUGCCCAGCUGGGGACCCUCUGCUGGCGGUACUGCCCCUUGUGCCCGCUCCUGGGCUAGGGCUGGGGCUCUCGGUGUCCUUCUGCUCGUGGGGCAGGGCCCUGCUGCUGCCCCGCACGCAGCCACGCUGCUGUUCAUCUCCGUUCCCGCUCCUGCGUCCUGCAGGGCGCCGGUGCCCCGGGGAAGCGCGGCGUUACCUGCGGCACGCCCGGCUGCCGCUCGCACCACGCUGUUCUCCCUGACAGCGCUGGGGACUGACUCCCUGCCACUUCCACCUGAUUUUAAAGCAAAUCUUCCUACCCGGUU